AUGCCCAAGUUUGUGCCCCGGCAGCGAAAGCACAAAGUCCUUGCCCGUCGCAAAAAUGCUGCCGACCCAAGCAAUGGCGUCGACGAUGCCAACACGGCUGAGAUAUUGCCUGUUGAGCAGCAGGAACGCAAUGCGAAGAAGGCAGCGCUGAAGGAAGAGCUCACGCGCGAAGCGCAGGGCAAAAUGUCCAACAAAAAGAAAAAGCGCCUCGAAAAAUACAUUGAUACUAAACUCAAGAAAGAAGAAAGUCUCGAGCUGCUGAAAAAGCUUGCCGCCCAGAAAGUCGACACUACCUUAUUCCAGAGUUCAAAGAAGCUUGGUCGAGGAGCGGAUACAAAGAGGGAAGCUUUGAGGCGUGCGCUUGCCGAAAGCCGGGCUGGGAUAGAUGUAUCACGAGAACGCGCGCAGUCACCAUCGCCAUCUGAUCCGGAAUCCGACACCCGCCAGCCCACAUCCGGGAUCCCUGCAGCAACGCAACAGACAAACGGCCUAUUUGGAAGUGGAUUGAAGAGACCUCUGGAACUGGAUGAUUCAGGCAAGCCAGUAAUACAAGUUCGAAAGCGUCGCAAGGGCCAAACCACAAAACCAGUUGCAAUUGAAGAAGAAGUGGAAUGGGAGGGUUUCAGUUCAGCCGAGGACAACGACAGCCAGAUGGAGGAGGACGAUUCAGCGAACUCCAGUGCGGAGUCUGAAGAUGAAGGCUCUGAAUCUGAGGAAGGCGACUCUUCGGGAUCAGAGCAAAGCGGUUCGGAAGAGGACUCCGAAGACGAGAGCGAUGAAAGCGACACCAGUCUUGAUGAAGAUAAAAAGCUUGCAAAGAAGGAAAGAACAUCGGCUUUCAAGGCUUGGGCAACACAGCAAAGAAACGAACAAGUAGGCUUCACUCCGACUAAUCAGCUCUCUUUCGCGCCCACCCCAGCGAACUUCAAACCUCGAGCUUCCGAGCAAGAUCCUCUGCCUCCUGAACUCGAAACGAAAACGAAGACCGAUGCUACUCGCAAAGCAUUCAGCGUAAACGUCGAUCGAUCGCCCGAAAUACAAGAGUCCAGAAUGCAGUUACCGAUUGUGGCUGAAGAACAAAAGAUCAUGGAGGCGAUACAUAAUAACGACGUAGUUGUAGUUUGGGGUUCCACUGGUAGCGGUAAAACUACCCAAGUGCCGCAAUUUCUUCUUGAGUCAGGCUACGGAGCACCCGAUGGACCAACACCGGGCAUGAUUGGGGUCACUCAACCACGCCGUGUAGCUGCUGUCAGCAUGGCAAAACGUGUUGGCGAUGAGCUUGGAGAUCAAGGCUCUAAAGUGGCAUAUCAGAUUCGCUUUGAUACAACCACAAGCGCUAAAACUGCUAUCAAGUUCAUGACUGAUGGUGUCUUGCUACGAGAGAUAACUCAAGACUUCGUCCUGACAAAGUAUUCUGCUAUCGUCAUUGAUGAGGCCCACGAGCGUAGCGUCAACACCGACAUUCUCAUCGGCAUGCUCAGCAGAAUAGUUGACCUCCGAGCUCAGAUGGUGAAAGAUGAUCCCAAAAACAAGCCCCUGAAACUGAUCAUCAUGUCGGCUACUCUGCGCAUAUCAGAUUUUACAGAAAACAAGCGCUUGUUUAGAAGUGAACCUCCACCGCUCAUCAAGGCCGAAGGUCGCCAAUAUACCGUCGUGAACCACUUUGCGCGCCGUACUCAACGAGACUACGUCGAGGAAAUGUACCGAAAAGUGUGUAGGGGUCACCGGAAGCUGCCCAAGGGCGGCAUGCUCGUAUUCCUUACCGGUCAAAAUGAGAUCUCCCAGUUAGCGAAGCAAUUGAAGCAAGUCUUCUCAUCUACUCAAGGCAAAGAGAUCAAAGCUGGCAAGGUUGUUGUUUCUCCAGCAGAAACACCAUUGGAAGUCGAGGACAUUGAACUGGGCGCACCGACCAAGUCCACGGAUUACGAAGACGAUGAUGGCUCAGACUCCGAAGGUUCAAUAAUAAUGGGCCUUGAUGACGAGGACGACAAAGAAUUUGAGAUUGAAGAUGAGAAGCCCGAAGAAACCGUCAUGAAUGUUCACGUUCUGCCGCUUUAUUCACAAUUGCCUACCAAUCAACAACUACGCGUCUUCGAGUCACCUCCAGAUGGCUCUCGUCUUAUCGUUCUCGCCACAAACGUUGCCGAGACCAGUUUGACAAUACCUGGUAUUCGCUACGUCUUUGAUUGCGGAAGAGCAAAAGAAAAGAAAUACGAUCCGGUUACAGGUGUGCAGAGCUUCGAGGUCGGGUGGAUCAGCAAAGCCAGUGCAAACCAGCGUUCUGGUCGUGCAGGUCGUACUGGACCUGGUCACUGUUACCGCCUGUACUCCUCCGCAGUAUUCGAGCGUGAUUUUGAAGAGUAUGCCGCGCCAGAAAUAUCAAGAACACCUUUAGAGGGUGUGGUGCUACAGCUGAAGAGCAUGGGUGCUCCUGUCGUCAAUUUCCCGUUCCCAACACCACCGGAUCGCGGAAGCCUACAAAAGGCAGAGAACCUACUUUCAUACCUGGGUGCACUGUCAAUCGAUGGAAAAGUCACUAAGCUUGGCCAUGAACUUUCUUUGUAUCCCCUCAACCCACGAUUCGCUCGUAUGGUUGCAAUGGGUGUUGCGCAGAACCUUGUGGCAGAGACCAUUGCAUUGGUGGCCGCCUUGUCAGUGCCAGAACUCAUCAUACCAGAGAACAAACUCGGACUGCGGGAACCAACCAAAGAUCCGGAUGCCACUCGCACUGAGCAGGACAACAUUGAGGCCGAAGAACGCUCACGACUACGGAAAGCCUACAACGCCGCACAAGCGAAGAUGAGUAUCAACGCAAAGCAAAGCGACUGCAUCAAGCUUAGCAACGCAAUCUGUGCCUACGCAUACGAGCCCAACUCGCGAAGAUUCUGCGAAGACAUGUUCCUCAACGCAAAAGCCAUGAACGAAGCCAGUCAACUCCGCCACCAACUCACCAACAUCGUCCGCGCCCACCGACCCACAGCAAUCGGCGGCUACGAGCCCAAACUCCCAGCCCCAUCCGAGCGCAACAUCAACAUCCUCACCCAAAUCUGCGCCGCUGGCUUCAUCGACCAAAUCGCCAUGCGCGCCGACCUCGCCCCCAUCCCCCCGGAUCUACCCAGGAAACCAAAGACCGCAAUCGACGUCCCCUACGUAACCCUCUUCUCCUCGCAAACCGACCGCUCCGACGACGAUCCCCACUCCAAAUACGUCUUCCUGCACCCCUCCUCCCUCCUCGCGCGCACACCGCCCGCCAAAAUGCCAGGCUACAUAAUCUACUCGCACCUCCAACGCGUAGCCACAUCCACCGUUCACGGCAGCAAAACACCAAAAACGCGAAUGCAUCCCCUGACGCCCGUUACACGGCCCCAGAUUAUCAAUAUUGCACUCAACACGCCGUUGCUGCAGGCGAGUAAGCCCAAGGGCAAGAUUGUGGAGUUGUCCAAGGAGAGACGUGAGUGCGAGGUUGAGAUGAGUCUUGUCGGGGAGAAGGGGACGCAGGGGUGGGGAUUGGGGAUUCGGAAGGUGGUGCAGAAGAAGGAGGGGAAUGGAAGGUAUGUUAUUGAGCGGAUAGUUGGGUGA